GCCCGGGGGUGCUGGGCGGUCUCCGUGUCCCUGCCCGGGCGUCCCCGUGACCGUGCCCCGGCGUUCUGAUGGUUCCCCGUGGCCGGGUUCAGAGCGGGCUGCAAGCGCGGUGGGGCUCAGUGCGCCGAGGGGAUCCCCGGGGCUCUGCGAGGCCCAGGCUCCGGGAUUCCGGCGGGACGAGAGGCGCUCCCGUGCCCCCGCUCCGUGCCUGUGCCGCAGCUCCCCUGCCCGGGCCGGCCCCCCGCGCUCAAUGCCGCCUCUGUUCGCCAGCCCGGCUGCUGAAAGGCACAUUGAGACCCUGCGGCAUGGGCCCUUUGUGGAAGCCCCGCGAUGGCGGCUGGGGAUCUCUGCCCGAGGUGGGGGUGUCUGACCCGGGCUGCAUGGCACUGGCUGAGCACGGCUCCAGUGGAGGCUGCCCCGGGCAGCCCGGGGUGCUGCCACGUCCCCUGUGCUACAGGGAGGGAGGUGGCACCGAGGGGCACAGGUGGCACCCCGGGCCAGAGGGUGGACACAGCCUGGGGUAGGCUCAGGAUGCUCACGCUUGGAGGACACACUGUGAGCCUGGGCAGGGAUGAGGAGAUCCCGUGUCUGUGAGGCUGGGCAGGUCAGGGUGUGUGUCCCUUGGGCACUGCGCUUCCUGCUCAGGUGUUGGCAUCCUGCUUGGGCGGAGCUGCCACGUGUCCCUCUGUGGCUUGGGGACAAGCUCAGGGCUCAUCAGUGGUGUCGGUUCUCAGGGCCAUGGGAGCUGGGCCAGGCUGCUCUACCACUCUGGAGGCAGCAAGGGUCAUCCUUGCCACCUGAGAGGAGCCCACGUCCUCCCAGGACCGUGUGGGGACGUGCUCCAGGACACUGUGUCACGGGGCUCACCUUGGGCCUGAUGCCUCAGCUUGCUACCUGAGCUGCAGCGACCAUGGCACAGAUAGAGCUGCCAGGCAGGUCGUGCAAUCCCACCAACAUGCUGGGGCUCCUGGUCAGGGGGCGCGGAAGGAGCCAGGUUCUGCUCGCCCCCUGUCUGAUGCCAGUGCCGCCCUGCCAUGAGUCUAUGAGCCCGCUGCGGAUCAGCGUGGGUGGUCUGCCCGUGCUCGCGUCCAUGACCAAGGGUGCUGACCCGCGCUUCCGACUGCGCUGGAAGGCCAUCGUGCUGUCCUCAGCCUGCGUGGGGCUUCUGCUCUUGCUGCUCUGCCUGCACCGCUCCUCCCCAGCACGGCAUGGCCCCCCCAGCCCUCGCACCUGGCAGCUUGGCCCGCGGGCAGGGGAGCGCUACAACGACACCUACCCACUGUCCCCGCCGCAGAGGAACCCCGAGGGCGUGCGCUACCGCAUUGGCCUCAUCGCCGACCUGGACACGCAGUCCCGCGGCUCCCAGGAGCACACCUGGUUCAGUUACCUGAAGAAGGGCUACCUGGUUCUGUCAGACAGUGGGGACAGAGUGACGGUGGAGUGGGACAAGGAUGAGAGCAUGCUGCAGUCCCACCUGGCUGAGAAGGGCCGGGGCAUGGAGCUCUCGGAGCUGGCGGUUUUCAACGGGAAGCUGUACGCGGUGGAUGACCGGACAGGUGUGGUCUACCAGAUCGAGGGCAACAAGGUGGUGCCGUGGGUGAUCCUCCCAGAUGGGGACGGCACUGUGGGCAAAGGCUUCAAGGCGGAGUGGCUGGCAGUGAAGGAUGAGCACCUGUAUGUGGGAGGACUGGGCAAGGAGUGGACCACCACGACAGGGGAAGUGGUGAACGAGAACCCCCAGUGGGUGAAGGUCAUUGGCUACAAGGGUGAUGUGAGCCACGAGAACUGGGUGACAAAUUACAACGCGCUGAGGGCUGCGGCGGGGAUCCGGCCCCCAGGGUACCUGAUCCACGAGUCGGCCUCGUGGAGCGACACGCUGCAGCGCUGGUUCUUCCUGCCGCGCCGCGCCAGCCACGAGCGCUACAGCGAGCGGGCGGACGAGCGGCGGGGCACCAACCUGCUGCUCAGCUCCACCCAGGACUUCGGGCACGUCACCGUGGGCCGCGUGGGCGACGUCGUUCCCACCCACGGCUUCUCCUCCUUCAAGUUCAUCCCGGACACGGACGACCAGAUCAUCGUGGCGCUGAAAUCAGAGGAGGACGACGGCAAGAUCUCCAGCUACAUCAUGGCCUUCACGCUGGACGGGCGCUUCCUCCUGCCCGAGACCAGGAUUGGCAGUGUCAAGUACGAGGGCAUUGAGUUUAUUUAACAGACAUCUGGACCGAGUGGAGGCCUGUGGGCAGGCCCUGCUAGCCUGCUCCUAGCCCGGGGUCUGUGAGGGAUGUCAGGCAGCGCUCCCAGCUCUGUCCUUGGCCCUGGGCUCUCCUGUAAAGUGUUGACUGAGCUGCAGCAGGUGUGGUACGAGUGUUUCGGCAGUGGCACCUGGUGGCAAGGGACCGCCACCACAGGGUGCUCCCGGCCCCGGGACAGCGUCCAGGUCCUGAGUGCUGGUGCCUGGGCAGGCCCCAGUGCAGCCCUUAGUGCCCAGCCCUGAAUUGCGACAGAACCCUCUGCGGUGGCUCGGUGGCUCUGGUGACGUCCAUGCUCUGGGGUUGCAGCUGAGCCCCAGCUCUACAGCUGUGCCUUGUGUGCCAUGGGGCUCCCCAGGUGGAGUGGGGUGUGCAGCCAGAAAGGGUCACACGGGGGGAUUUCAUCAGGCAUUUUCUUCAGAAGCUGGAUUUCCUUCCCUUUUCCCAUAAGCUGGGUGAGGUGAUACCUGUGGUGACGGGUGACCUCUUUCAGAAAAAAGUCUCACAUGGGAGGGGA